AUGAUUCGAGGAGGCCUCAUCUCUCUUGUUUACCGACAGACAACCAAGCUUCAAGCCAGAGACUUCAAGGACAAGUCUUCUAUCACGUUGAUAUCGACUGACGUGGAGCGCAUCAGCUACAGAAUCCGUGGGAUUCAUGAAGCCUGGAUGGCCCCUAUUCAGGUGGCAAUCGCAAUAUUUCUUCUGGAGCGACAGCUUGGUGUGGCCUGUUUGAUCCCGACCGUCAUUUCAUCUCUCGCGAUACUGGCCACGUUCCCACUAUCCAAAACGUCAUGCGGUGCACAGCUGAGGUGGAUUGAACGUGUUCAAGCACGUCUCACUGUAGUAUCCAGCAUGCUGCAUGAUAUGAAGGCUGUCAAAAUGCUAGGCAUAAGUGAUAAGCUGUUUGACAGUGUUUCGGGCUUGCGAAGAGAAGAGCUGAAAGCCUCAGAGCGCUUCAGAGUCCUCAUUCUCUGGCAAAUUGCAAUCUCGAAUUUGCCUCUCACACUGGCUCCAUAUGCAACAUUUGUGAUUUUUUCUUUGAUAGCAGUGACUACUGGCGGCGACUCACUUUUUUCAAAUCGGACGUUCACUUCUCUAUCCCUUAUUUCUCUGAUGACCUCCCCGCUUCUCAUAUUUGUCCACACUCUCCCGGGACUAUGGCAGUCGGUCGGGUGUUUUGAUCGUAUUGAGAAAUACUGCGCACAGGUACCGUUAGACGAAGACUCGGAGUUUCUCCUAGGGGCUGAUGGUAUUGAGCUGCAAUCGAACACUGGUUCCUCUACGCGCUCAGCUGGAACGGUGCUUGAACUCCAUGACGCCAGCUUUUCCUGGUCAGACGACUCCGAGCCAGUCCUUCGAGAUUUCAAUAUUUAUUUGAGAAAAGGCAUGAUUACAGCAAUUAUAGGAUCCGUGGGAAGUGGCAAAAGCACAUUUCUAGAAAGCAUCCUGGGGGAGACAGUUCUGCAAAGAGGCUCCAUUUCUCCAUUCAACUCAACAGUCGCGUACUGCCCCCAGACGCCUUGGAUCAUGAACGACACGAUUCGUGCGAAUAUCACUGGCCCUGCAUCAUACGAUGAGAAAUGGUAUAACUUUGUGAUCUGGGCCUGUGCGCUGGAGACGGAUUUGCAAAGUAUCCCUGGUGGUGAUCUUUCUAUCGCUGGAACCUCCGGUAUCACGCUCAGCGGAGGUCAGAAACAGCGCAUUUCUCUUGCCCGCGCUGUUUACUCGCGAGCAGCGGUCCUGGUUCUCGACGAUGUAUUCAGCGGGCUCGACACUCGAUCGGUAGCUGCGAUUUCAUCUCGGUUGCUGUCAGUGGACGGCCAUUUCAGAAAGGCAGGCAGGACUGUUGUUCUUGCAACUCAUAACAAUCGCAUUCUCCCGCUUACAGACGAGAUCUUGAUGCUAGACAACGGCCGAUUGUCCAGGGCUGGGGCAUACGAGCAGUUGCGCUCCAUGAUACCAGAAGAUAGCCGAGGCCAACGCACUGAGGAAUCUGAAACGCAGAGGUCUCCCACCGACAAGCCUAUCGAAAUGAACAGUGUUUCUCGGAUGCUCCAGGCAGUUCCCGAAAAUGACGCUGAUGCAAACAUGGUUCGACGAGACGGGAGUUGGUCCGUAUAUGUGUUCUACUUCCAGUCGGCUGGCUGGAUAGUCGUAAUCACUGUCGGGUUAUGUGUCGCGCUAUAUGGUUUCUCUGAGCAAUUUUCUACUGUGUGGCUUCAGCAGUGGUCGAAUGCCAACGAUAGUCAUCCGAAUCAGAGGAUCGGGUUUUAUAUCGGAAUCUAUUCAUUCAUAUUCGUGUUAUCACUGACUACGCUCAUGAUUGGAGCUUGGGGCCUGUUUGUGAAAGCGAUCAACAAUACCGGACUUACCAUGCAUUCUCACUUGUUAAGUGUUACAUUAAGAGCGCCAUUCAGCUUCUUUCAAAAAGUCGACGCCGGAUUGACAACAAAUAGCCAAGACCUCGAGCUCAUCGAUCUGGAUCUUCCAAACGAAUCCAUAAAUUCGGCCCUUGCCCUGGCAAGCUGUGUUGUGGAGCUUGUCAUUCUGUGCGCGAUGGGUAAAUAUCUCACCGUGACCGUUCCAAUCUUGGCAGUCAUUCUCUUUUUCGUGCAGGGAUACUACCUCAGAACCUCCCGACAAGUGCGACUCCUGGAUAUUGAGACCAAGGCGCCUCUCCUCACUCACCUCGUCGAGACAAUGCAGGGAAUAUCCGUUAUUCGAGCCAUGCGGUGGCAGAAACCCUUCCAGAGUCGUCUGAAUAUACUUCUCAAUCAGUCACAGCAACCAUUUUAUAUGCUAUUUUGCAUUCAGCAAUGGCUUCAACUAGUGCUUGACUGUAUCGUCAUGGCUCUGGCCGUCAUCCUUGUCACCUUGGUCGUCUCAUUGAAAGACAAGUUCAGUCCCGGUGCGAUCGGUGUCGCACUGAAUCUGAUUUUAAGCUUUAAUUUGGACUUAAUGCAGCUUAUUCAGUCAUGGACGAAGUUGGAAACAUCAAUCGGGGCCGUCUCCCGUAUACAGGACUUCAUGGAGAACACACCGUCAGAGGACCAGGAUCAACGCCGUAUAGAGCCGCUCUCACUCCCGCCGGUUCUUCAGGACCUGUCCUUAGCCAUACGGUCAGGGGAGAAGGUCGCCGUUUGUGGCCCUUCUGGAAGCGGCAAAACAUCUUUAAUUCUUGGAUUGUUACAAAUGAUCGAGCUGGAGCAAGGCAACAUAGAAAUCGACGGUAUAGAUUUAUCUACACUCCCCUGUGGUGCAGUGCGAUCUCGAAUCAACGUCGUUCCUCAGGAGCCAUUCUUCAUGCCAGGAACGCUUCGGUUCAACCUUGACCGCGGGUUUGAGAAUAGUCCCAUAUCCGAUUCAACUCUCAUCCGAUCACUAGAAGCCGUUGGAUUGUGGAAGAAGGUUUGUGACAACACACCCGGGGGAGGAGAACUGGAUCAGCAGUUGUCCGUAUCGGAUUGGUCAGUAGGGGAGCGACAACUGCUAGCACUUGCGCGAGCAAUGGUGAUGAAAAGCCCAAUUUUGGUUCUUGAUGAGGCGACCAGCAGUGUCGACUGGGAGACGGAAGCGACCAUGCAGAGUAUAAUCGAGGGAGAAUUCGCUUCCCAGACGGUGAUUUCAGUUAUUCAUCGACUUCGAUAUAUUGAAAAGUUUGAUCGUGUUGCUUUGAUGAGGCAUGGGCGGCUUGUAGAGUUUGAUAGCCCAAAGGUAUUGCUGGAAGGCCCAUCGGAAUUCCAAGCCUUCUAUCGCGCGAAGCAUGCUGAAUAG